CGUUAACAAAUUUAAACACAAGCUGAGUUGGACAGUACUUAUCCAAAGGCACGGGAGACGCUUACUUUAAUGGGACAGGGAUUGAACUGAUUGGUGAGAGCUGGCCCUGUUGUAAUAUAUGGAAUGGAUUGCUCAGCAGAUGAGUACUAUUACAGCGGACAAUGCCACAAGUGCCUGCGGUGUCCACCUGGUCAAGAACUGAAAGAGGACUGCGGUUAUGGUGUAGGUGUGUCCGCAGUUUGCGGCGUAUGCGAUGCUCGCUGGUUCAAGGAGGACUGGGGUUCCCAUCCCUGCGCCUUCUGCCAGAACUGCCGUCGGCUCAACAGAUAUCAAAUCAAACGCUGCACACACACAGACAAUGCAGUGUGUGGAAACUGCCUACCUGGGUUUUACAGCAAAAUGCGAUUGGAUGGAUUAGAAGAUUUGGAAUGCCUUCCGUGUGGCCCCGCCCCCUUCAGAAAUGUACAGUGUAGCAGAGGGGAAGGUGUGGCAAAAGUCCAGACUUCAGAAGCUCCUGUCCGAAAUGCUUCCUCCAUAGUGACUUCUUGUGCAGCAACAGCCGUCCUAACAACCUUCCUGUUUGCCAUCGUGUGUGUCACGUACCACACACGCGCUUCACUUAGGAAAACAUGUAAACGCUGUAUAUCACGAGUUGGCACCCGUCAGCAUGACUGUGAAGCAGCCUCCAUUCCCAUGACUGCAGUACACACAGUGAUGCAGGAGGCAGAUGUGGACAGAUCAGGUUCUUGGCUGCCAUUGGAGAACCCUCGCACACUUAAAACCAUCACCUUUAAUCCUCGCCCUUACGGACGCCAGGCUCAAGCAGGACUUGCGGCAGGAGUCAUCUCACAGGCGACGGAAUCACCUGAUCUUUCUUCUUCAGACUCUGACCUCUCCAACCAGCAUGUCAUUCUUACCCUGGUAGGAGGACAGUCUACACCGGAGCCCUGCUGCGCUGCUGAACAGCGGACAGGCUGGGGGCUGCAUGCUCCAGUAGAGUGCACUGAACUGGACCUUCAACACCUCUCCAAUACCCCGGAGUUCCAGGCAUUCAGGCCCUCAGGCAUCAUACACACAAAUAGCCCUCUAUGUCCGGGCUCGGAUUCCACUGUGCCCUCUUUGCUGAUGCUCUGGGACAUAGAGCAGGAGAGAGGGAGGGAGCGUGGAAAAGGAGAUUGUUAAAAGGACGGGAAGUCACUACUGACACUGACAGAUGCAACAUAUAUAAUUAUCACCACAAACUUGUUAUCUAUAUGUGGAAUUCAUCUGGUAAGUUUAAAAAUGUACAACCUUUGUGACUAGAAAUGUAUGUGUUGAUACUCUUGUAGGUGCUGUCAGUGAUGUGUCUGAGACGGCUUUCUGUGUGAAACUAUGUGGAAAAAGGCAAACCUUUUGUUUUCUGUAGACAAGCUGAAAUGAUUCUUGUUUAGCCUUGUUUUAGACAAUUUAGAAAGUUUCACAUUUCAUUCACAUUUGAUUGAUAAUUCAAUCAUUUCAGUGUUUUAAUUGAAAAAAAUAAUGCAUUAAAGGCUGAUUGUAAGUCUUUAAUGUUUUAUAAAAAGGGCUGCAAAUGGAUUGUAUCUUCCUGAAGUUCAAAACUGCCUAUUUGAACAAAAAGGCGACUAUCAUUGCACAUCAAUGAUGCGAGUCAUAUUUUGCAUUGUUUGGUGAGUUUGAACGUGUCUACUACUUUCCACAUUCUUACGAAGCUUCUAUCAGCUCAAGAGACUUGUUUUUGCUUAUCACUGGAUUUAUGGCUAACGCUACUUUUUGUACCUCAGCGACCACUUGUCAGUGUUUAGUCAAAACAUGAUUUAGUGUUUACUUUGACUUGUCCAAGAUUGGUGGGUAGUGCUGUCAAAGCCAACCCAGAAGUCUAUGCCACAUUAUUGUACCUGGGCAUUUCUCUACUACUAAAGAUCAACUAAACACGAAUAAACUACUCAUUUAUCGUACAUUAAUGGAAUAAAUUUGAAUGUAAUGACAUGUCUAUAGAAAACGAUGCUGGGGAUGGGAAUUUUGGCACAGAAUAGCCAUACCUAUCACAGGUUGCUAUGUGACCCUGCAAUCCACUGUAAAUAAUGAUCUGCUGCCUCGAGGCUUUAGGUUUUAGAUGUGGCUGACUGGAUUAGCAAAAUUAGCUAGCUAUCAAAUGAAUCAAGUCACAACAUGCAAUAUCGAGGUUUGCUUUGAAGCUUCAUCUCAUUCUGCAUUUACAGAUUCCACGUUAAUAUCUUCUUUUUAAUUUCUUUGUUGUAAACUGCAAAUCUUCAAAAAAACAAGUUGCAGAAGUUUUUUAACUAGUUCUAAAUUGAA